AUGUCCCCAGAUGUGCUCAGCAAAAGUUCCUUCAGCCUGACCUCUCCUGUGAAGGCUGAAUCUGACAAAGCUCCUGAGGAGGUGAAGGGCCUCAAGACUCAGCCAAGUGAUAAAGAGAUGCUGUUCAUUCACAGCCUCUUCAAACGAGCCACUGUGGGCAACGUAAACACAGAUCUGCCCGGGCUGCUGGAUCUCAAAGGCAAGGCCAAAUGGGCUUCAUGGAAUAGUGCCCUGAAAACCUAUAUGGAAAAGGGGGAAGAGCUAAAAAAGAAACAUGGGAUAUAA